GGAAUUUACUUUGAGGAUCAAAAUUUUCUGGAGGACAUUGAUGCAUGGCAUUAAUUUAAAAAAUGAAUGUAUCUAGUAUUGCAUCAAGAGUGGAAACUUGGCUUUCCUCUGCAUGGCAUAUUAAAGUACCCAUGACAUGGCUAGAAGCUUGUAUUACUUGGAUUCAAGAGGAGAAUAACGAUGUGUGUUUGACUCAGGCUCAAAUUAAUAAACAAGUGUUUGAGCAGUGGCUUCUUACUGAUCUGAGAGAUCUGGAGUAUCCUAUUUUACCUGAUAAGAUUUUGGAAGUUCCAAAAGGAGAGCUAAAUGGCUUUUAUUCUUUGCAGAUUAAUUCAUUGGUUGAUGUUAGUCAGCCUGUGUAUUCUCAGUUACAAAAGUUGAGAGGACUGAACAGAUCAAAUGAUCUAGUAACAGCUGAAACACAAAUAUCCUUAAAGCCCUGGGAAGCAAAUCCUACACGAAUGCUAAUGUUGCAGAUUACUGAUGGAAUUAUACAAAUACAGGGCAUGGAAUAUCAGCCUAUUCCAGCUCUUCAUCGAACUAUUCCUCCAGGUACGAAAAUUCUCAUCCAUGGAAAUAUUUCUUACCGACUUGGUGUUCUUUUGCUGAAACCAGAAAAUGUGAAGGUGCUAGGGGGCGAAGUUGAUGCUCUUGUUGAAGAACAUGCUCAAGAAAGAAUACUUGCGAGACUAAUUGGAGAAUCUGAUUCCUCAACUACAGCCAGACCAAAUCACAGUCAAUGCAUCCCUGGGCUUGAAGAUGGACUAGAACCAGCAUUAGAACCUUCAGAUGCAGAACUCCUAGCAAGCCUUGAUGAAAAUGAUGAGUCAGUGAUCAAUAAUGAUACUCCCUCAGAAAGUGGGUAUUUUAGUUCAAGUUGUAUUUCAAACACUAUCAGCAAUGUAAGUACUAGCUUAGGACUUUCUACCAUUUCACCAAGAACAGAUGAAGACCUACCAAAUCCAUCUGUGAAUUUCACUGAAGGGGAUUUAGAUGAUUUUUCACUAGAGGAUGUCUUGUUUUUAGAGGAAACCGUCCAGAAGGAACUUAAGGAGACAGAAGAAAGGAGUUUAUUGGCAUUGAACAGAGGCAGUGACAAAAAUGUAGAGAGACGUUCACAGAAACCUAAUAUUGUAGAGAAUUUUUCUCUGUCUAAUACAAAUGAAAAAAAUGUUCGGAAUGAAAAGGUUUUAUUUGAACAAAUGACCAGUAAGGACAAAUAUUGUGGUUAUUUAUCUGGUAGAAAUCAGAAUCCUAGCAGAAUUUUGCCAUUUGAACAUAAUGCACAACUGCCCCAGGAUUUCAUAGUUAAACAUAAGAACUCGGGAAAAUAUGAGAAAAUUAACUCCCCUAUCAGCAAUUUAGAAAACUAUAUAAGUGAUAAACCAAUGAAAACAGAACUGGUUAAUGUAUCAAAGCUAGUUUCAGAAAUGGAUAAUGAAAGCAAUUAUGUUCUGCCUUGUUCUUUAAUAUCAUCGGAGAACAACAUGGAUCAGAUUUCUCUUGCUGUUGAUUUGGAUUCUCCACCCUUUACUUAUAUUUCUGUUCUAUUGGCCAAGAAUCUAAAUGAAGUAACAACUGUGAAAGUCAAAGCAUUUAUUGUAACUUUAACUGGAAAUCUCUUACGUUGUGGUGGCUUUUGGAGUGUGACUGCAAAAAUUUCUGAUGGCACUGCAUAUCUAGAUGUGGCUUUUGCAGAUGAAAUACUAACAAAUAUGAUUGGAUUUUCAGUAUCAGAAAUGAAACAGUUAAAAAAAGAUACUAUUCAGCAUAAAAAGUUCCAGGAAGGUUUACAGAAAUGUCAAAGAGCUCUCAUAGACUUGUGCUGUCUAAUGACUAUUACAUUUAAUCCUUCCUUAUCUAAAGGCAUGGUAUCAGUUCUGCAAGAUGUUACUAUGGAAGACCUACAGAACUUAAAGAGACGCUUGAAUAAAUAACCUGCCAAAUUUGAAUAAAUCCUUACAUUUUGAAUAAAUAUCCUAUCCAAGCAAUAAUAGGAAAUAAUUGAAAACACAAAUUUUUAAGAUUUGA